CCGACUUCCUUCAGAGAUUUUAACCGAAAACAAGUGUUAUUAGUUUGGGAUUUUUUGUACGUAGGCGACAGUACAGCUGCUGUAGAUACAGUAGUGUAAUCUAUCUGUUUCAUAACAUACCAACAAACAUGGACGGGAUAGGAAUUCUUAAUUUACUUUUAGUGAUUCCUUUAAUUGGGUAUUCAGAAACACUGCAGAAUCCUAGAAUAUAUUAUAUGCACAUAAAAUCUGAUGUGAAAUUCCGAUUUGCAACAACUUUAGUAACCAGCAAAGUUGCUAACAGUGCCAAAACUCCAAUUGAAGCUCACUUUGAAGUAACUCUUCCAGAUGCAGCAUUUAUUACAGAAUUCAUUAUGGAAAUCGAUGGACGGACGUAUCCUGGAGAAAUCAACGAGAAAGCGAAAGCGAAAGAGAAAUAUGAUACAGCAAAGAAAAGGGGUCAAAGUGCUGGACAUGUGGCACAAAAACCAAGACAUACCAAUCGUUUUAGUGUUGAUGUAAACAUAGCAGCCGAAAGUAAAGUGACCUUUAACCUUACUUACCAAGAAUUAUUAGAGCGUGUCUAUGAGGAAUACGAGCAUAUUAUAUAUGUAGACCCAGGCCAGAUUGUGGAGGAUUUCCAAAUUGACGUGUAUCUUCAGGAAUCAAGAGACAUUACUAAAGUCUCAGUGCCUCCACUCCGAAAUGAUAUUAUUUCCGAUGUCAGUGAAGGGAAAAACGCGUUAGCUGUUAUUGACCGACCAACAUCGAAGUCUGCCACUAUUCAUUAUGCCCCAUCCACCGAUGACCAGAAACAGAUGUCUGACCAGGGAAUAUCAGGAUUGUUUGUUGUCGAGUAUGAUGUCCAGAGAAAAUUUGAUGCUGGUGAAGUCAUGGUUGUAGAUGGGUAUUUUGUACAUUUCUUUGCGCCAGAAGGUAUGGACCCUAUACCAAAAGACGUGUUAUUUAUCUUAGAUGUAAGUUCAUCCAUGUCUGGCACUAAAAUCCAACAACAAAGAGAUGCUAUGGAUAGCAUAUUGCAGGACCUACACGAAGGUGAUCAAUUCAACAUCAUGGAGUUCAGUACACGUGCAAAUUUAUGGCAGAAGACCUUAUUGUCAGCUAACACAGAGAACAAACAAAAAGCGCGUAAUUAUGCAAGAAAAAUGAAAGCGACUGGAUGGACGGACAUUAACACUGCCAUGUUAAGAGGAAUCGAGUUUCUGAAUUCUAUACCAAGUAAAGGAACUUCAGGAAAUCGUAUGAAGUUACUUGUUUUUCUGACUGACGGUCAAGCAUCAAAGGGUGAACAAAAUAGAGAUAAUAUUCUUAACAAUAUCGACAAGAAAAAUAUCAAAGGAUUGCCUGUUUUCAGUCUUGCCUUUGGGAACGACGCCGAUUAUGAAUUUGUAAAAAAGGUUGCAGUAAAAAAUAAAGGUGUUGCUCGCAAGAUUUUUGAAGACUCUGACGCAUCUUUGCAGAUAAAAGGCUUUUACAAUGAAAUUUCGUCGUCAGCUUUACAAAAUGUUUCUUUUAAAUAUCUUGACAAAAAUACAGAUGUCACUGUAAAUGCAACUAAAAUGAAUUUUAAUACGUUUUUCAACGGAAAAGAAAUCGUCAUUGCUGGGAAACUAUCCGACGACAACGUACAAGUGCUGAAUCUAAUAGUAACUGGCAAUGGGGUGGAUGGUCACGUGGAACUAGAACUCGAAUCGGAUAUAAAGAGUCGAGUUCCGGAAUUAACAAAAGUUGGUGACCUUGAAAAAAUCACCGAAAGAAUAUGGGCAUAUUUAACAAUCAAACAACUUUUAGAAAAAGCAAUCGGUGAAAACAAUGAAGCAGAAAAGAAAAAGUUAAAUGACAAGGCUUUAGGAAUGUCAAUGAAGUACAAGUUUGUUACACCUUUGACCUCUAUGGUUGUUACAAAACCAGACGAACGAGAUCUCGGAGCUUAUGAAGAAGACGAAGAUGCAAGACUUGCCCUUGCUGAUACUAUAAAUGGUCCGAGAACAGCAGGUUAUUCACCAGGAAGUAGCAUAGUGAUCCCUAGUCGGACACCAUCCGGUGGUUCUUCGUCAACUAGUAGGAUAGCUUAUAGUCAAAACAGAGGAAGCGGUGGUGGUGGUGGUGGUGGCAGUCGUGGAGGAGGAGGUGGAGGAGAUCCACAUUUUAUGUUGAGGAUUAAUGGUAUAGAGUUCCCAAUAUGCUUCGAUGUCGAUACACGUGACGGAGAUGUUAUCCGGAUGUUGAAAGAUCCAAUCGCAGGUAUAACUAUAAACGCUGGAAUUAUUGGAUCAACAGCUAAAAAAACUAAUGGAGAAUUUAAAACAUUUGUUGGAGAACUUGCUAUCUUGACCCCUGCAGCACGCAUUUACAUAAAACCAGAUGACAUUACAUUUAAUAGAGCUGCAUUAUCUUGGAAUGACGAAAGCGUCUUUGAAAUGGAAGGAAUAAAAAUACACGUGAAUAGAAAUGAACUUCAUGACCGAACAAUAUACAUUGAUUUUGGAAAUGACAUCAUUAUUGAAAUCCGUCGACUUAUGAAGGAAGGGACUGACCGUGUUGUUAACCACCUUAACAUGUACAUUGACAAAGAAACGGGAAUAUCAGACAUAGCCGGAGGUAUCAUAGGUCAGUUUGUUCAUAAAAAGACAACACUAUUUAAGAUUGGACUGGACAAAAAAGGAAGAGAGCAUGGACACUUUAGAGAGACUGAAAAUAUGACUAAAACUCAUUUUAAUGCCAUUCUACACAAGAAGCCAGAUAUAAUUACUGGCGAAAUGGUCUGGUGUUGGAAUGUCUACAAGAAAACUGAAGGACUUUUAGAUGGUGAUUUGAAAGAUUAUUUCAUUUCUGAUAUUGGUUAUGCAUACAGUCCUUGGGUGGAGUAAACUUUCCACUAACACAAUACACCAUUACACCAUGCACCAUACACCAUUACACCAUACACGUUACACCUUUGCACUAUAUACACCUUACACAUUACACCAUUACGUAAUUUAAUUUCAAAGAAAAGCUUGCGACUACAAAAUUAUUUAUUUAUUUAAAAAAACAAAUUUUGAUCACAAUAUUGUAAAUUAAUGUAUAAAAUUCAAAAUCAGUUCUUAUCAAUAUUUUGCAGAGUUUUAAAUGUCGUACACCAUUCGUUUACACAUUCCCGAUCGCACGUUACACCAUUACACCAUUUACACCAUUCCCCUUACACCACAUACCAUAGCAACAUACACCUCCUAUCAUUGCACCAUAUGCCAUACAACAUUACACCAUACACGUGUUUUGGGAUGUUUACACCAUCGAAAUGCUGUAGUAACAAAAUGUUUAUUAUUCUAAAUACCCUUAUCUCAGAUAUUAUUAGUUCAUUGUAUUUGAAUUGUUCAAUGACAAUGUCAUUAACAUGCUAUGUAAUAUGGCGUUACAACUGCUAGAACUACGUCGUCAGUUCCUAUUAUCAACGUUUUGACUUCAUUUUCUUGCCAUAAUUAAUGCAAGUUCUUAUAAUUGGAGAAGUAUUUGUUUUUAUUCAAAAGCAAACAGAAGAAUACAGAGAGAGGUUGAGUCAACAUCACCGGCAAUCAUCACCGUCUCGGCAAUCUUAUAUAUAUGAUUUUUAGCAAUGGCGUUGUCAGUUUAUUUUCUAUUUAUGAGUUUGACUGUCCCUCUGGUAUCUUUCGUCCCUCUUCUACAUUUUCACUUCAUACACCAUAGAACUAUCAAGAAAAAGUGUUUUUUUUAACACAUCAAAGUGUUCUUCUAAUUACUUUAAAGUAAUCAAUCUUCAUUUUUUUUUCAAUUUAUGUUAAGGUUGUCGAUGUGUAAAAGAAAACUUUUUAAUUUGUGACAGAAACCGUGGUAAUUUUAAAUAAUGCGAAUUCAUUGUAUAUAUUCAAACAAUCAAAAUAGGUGAAAUCUUGUUAGUUAAAGUAUGGUUAAUAUUCCCAGAACCAUACAUAUGUGACAAUGAUCAUCGCCAAGUAUAAGUCUUGUCUUAACAGGUAAUAAUGUAUCAAUUAGUUUAAAUCCAAUAUCAAGAUCCAAAACAUAUAUUAUUUCAAUAGAGUGGUGAUAUCUGGAAACUAAGAUGACAAUAACAUUCCACGAAAGACAGGAAUUCAUAUUGAAUUUAUAAUAUAUAUAUGAUUUAUCUUCUUUGAAUUUUGUAUGUACAAAUUAAAACAUUACAGCACAGUAUUGUAUAUGUAAGAUAUUAAAUCUAGUUUUGAAUAA